AUGUCGAACUCGUCAACAACCGCAGGUGUCGCCCAGUACGACAACAUGGUUCAAAAACUCGGGCAGUCAUCGAAGUGGACGGUUGAGAAUGAAAUGGCUCUUACCGAACCCUUCACAUACAUCACGUCGAAACCUGGUAAAGAGAUACGCGGUCGAUUGAUCGAGGCAUUCAAUACAUGGCUCGAGGUGCCUGAAGAGAAGCUUACGACCAUUUCAAAGGUCGUCAGCAUGUUACAUUCCGCGAGUCUGCUCGUUGACGAUAUUGAAGACGACGCGCAAUUGCGGCGUGGCACGCCGGUUGCACAUAAGAUAUAUGGCGUUCCGCAGACCAUCAAUUGCGCCAACUACGUUUAUUUCCAAGCGUAUCAAGAGCUUUUCCGAUUGCGCGACUUAGAGACGUCAAAGGUCGAUGAGAUAGUUACUGAGGAACUUCUGAAUCUUCAUCGUGGUCAAGGUCUUGAGCUCCUGUGGAGAGACUCCUUGCAGUGUCCCACAGAGGAAGAGUACAUCGGAAUGGUGAAUGAUAAGACCGGUGGACUAUUGCGAAUAGGAAUAAAAUUAUUGAUGACUUGUGCAGCUGCAAGCCGUGACAUCGACUACAUUCCUCUAGUCAACCUUAUCGGCGUCUUUUACCAGAUCCGAGACGACUACUCCAACCUGGUGAGCAAAGAGUAUGAGACGAAUAAAGGCUUUGCAGAAGAUCUUACGGAGGGGAAAUUCUCUUUUCCCAUUGUCCACGGUGUUCGCGCUGACACGUCGAAUCGACAAGUCUUGAACGUCUUACAAAAGCGACCCUCAACUCCGACACUUAAACGAUAUACAGUCGACUACCUCAAGACAGAGACAAAAUCGUUCGAUUAUACCCUUCGCGUGCUGAAUUCUCUGGAGUUGCAGAUCCGGAAUGAGAUCGCCCGAUUAGGUGGAAACAAAGGGCUGGAGAAAAUCAUAGAUAUGCUAAGUGUGAAGGGCACUAGAGAAAACAGCCAAUAG